AUGGCAGACGAAAAAGGCGGUUACCGACAAAUCAAUAAAUCGCUGAAUAUUUGCGCUUUUACUGAAUACCUUGAAGGACAAAAAGCGCAUUUACCAACGUUGCAAAAUGUUGAGCAACUCACUCCCCUCGUUCUGCGCGUACUAGGUCAGAAUCCUGGGAAGUUCACUUUUCAAGGAACAAAUACCUUCAUCGUUGGAAGUGGCAAGCGCCGACUCCUCAUCGACACUUCUGGAGGAGAGCCAGAAUGGGCAAGCCUCAUCUCAUCUGCGCUCGAAUCGAUGGGCAUCAGCCUAUCGCAUGUAUUGCUCACUCACUGGCACGGCGAUCACACUGGUGGCGUUCCUGAUCUUCUGCGCCUGUAUCCACACCUUCGGAACUCCAUCUACAAGAACGACCCUGACAAAGGUCAGCAAGAUAUCGCUGACGAUCAGGUCUUCAAAGUCGAGGGCGCAACUGUACGAGCAGUUCACACCCCUGGACACUCCGAAGACCAUAUGUGUUUUGUUCUCGAGGAAGAGCAAGCCAUGUUCACCGGUGAUAAUAUCCUAGGCCACGGCACUAGCGCGGUCGAAGAUUUAGGUACCUUCAUGGAGAGCCUGGGAAAAAUGAAGGCGCAGAACUGUCGCAUCGGAUACCCAGCUCAUGGUGUAACUCUCAAGAACUUGCCAGCCAAGGUUGCAGGAGAUCUGAGUCAGAAGACCCGCCGCGAAAAACAAGUCAUGCAAGCCCUUCACAAGGUGAGCAGCCGUGGCGAAAAGAGUGCUCCCAUUGGCGAAAUUGUCACUCUGAUCUAUGGCAACUCAUUGGAGGAGUCUACACGUACACUUGCCCUGGAGCCAUUCACUGAUGAGGUACUGCGGAAGUUGAGUGGUGACAGCCAAGUUGGAUUCGAGAUGAGGGGCGGACAAAAGAAGUGGUAUUCAGUGGAAGCGGCGAUGCAGAAUAGGAGUGUUUUGUGA